GUCGUGCCCCUUGUCUUGUGUUCUUUGUCAUCUUUCAUCUUUUACUUCUUUGCUUUGCUCAAGAAGUAAAGAGGUGGAAUUCAAGAUGUCCACCUUUCUCUUGUGGUUUACUUGGCAAGAUCGGCUUCCUCUUUUCCAAUCGAACGCAUCCUGAGUGUGGGUUAUGCAUAGUAGAUGAAUGUGAAAAACAAUUUCCGAAAAUGGAAGCACGUGCCAUUGUUUAAUGUUUCAAGCAUCUUACAGAAUAAUACGGUUACGCUUCAUGACCCAGAAUAUUUACUUCCGUUUGACAACCGUAGCUGCCGAUCCUUCAAAAAUUUAACUCUUCCCAUUACUCCUUUUCUCUCUUUUGAAAUUCACAAUAACCAAACCAUUUUCAAAUGCCCCCUCAGUCAGUAUAAGCCCAAAGAUUUUCACCAUGUCUGCAAUUACUCCAGGGACUCGUUUUUCUUUUACCAUUCAAGAUUUAUAAAAUUGCCUAGUUUUAUACCUCAAUGUUCACGCAUUCGCUUCCUGUUCAAUAAGACACAUAGCAGUACUGAAAUUUUCAAUCUGUCUACUUUUCAAUUCGAUCUGGAAGUGAAGGUAACUAAAGAAUGUUUUGACUGUCAUUUGGAGGAAGGCCAAUGUGAAACUGAUAGCCAGGCAAAGUUUAAGUGUUCUGGGAAAAGAGAAAGAGAAUGUGUAUAUUGUAAUAUGGCCGGACGCAGUUGUAGAAGGAAUAGCGAGGGAUUCUUUUAUUGUUCAGAAGAAAGAACAGGAGAUGAGAAAUUGGGAUUGAAGCUAGGCAUGGGACUUGGCAUCUUAGUCACUGCAACUAGCAUAUUGAUAGUUCUGGCCUUUUACUUCUGGGGAAAAUUGUCACCAAAUAUUGUCAUGGUCUUCUACAAGAAGAAAACUAGGAAUUACCAAAACAUUGAGGCAUUUUUAAGGAAUCAUGGAUCCAUUGCUCCUAAAAGAUAUAGUUAUUCAGAUGUUAAGAAAAUGACCAAUUCGUUCAGACACAAACUUGGCCAAGGAGGAUAUGGAGGUGUUUACAAAGGUAGGCUACCUGAUGGUCGCUAUGUAGCGGUGAAGAAUUUAAUUGAUUCCAAAGGAAAUGGUGAAGAAUUUAUCAACGAGGUUGCUAGCAUUAGUAGGACUUCCCAUGUCAAUAUUGUCACUCUUUUAGGUUUCUGUUUUGAGGGCCGUACAAGAGCUCUCAUCUAUGAGUUUAUGUCAAAUGGAUCUCUUGAUAAAUUCAUAGAUGAGAAGAAUCCAUUGAAGGUUGCUCAUCAAUUGAAGUGGAGAACAUUGUACCAAAUUGUGGUAGGCAUAGCCCGAGGGUUAGAGUAUUUACACCGCGGUUGUAACAUACGAAUUUUGCACUUUGACAUAAAACCUCAUAACAUUCUCCUCGAUGAAAAUUUUUGUCCGAAAAUCUCUGAUUUUGGUCUUGCUAAAAUUUGCCCCCAGAAAGAGAGUAUUGUAUCAAUGACAGGUGCACGUGGAACAAUUGGUUAUAUUGCUCCAGAAGUAUUUUCUAGAAACUUUGGAGUAGUCUCUUACAAGUCAGAUGUUUAUAGCUAUGGAAUGAUGGUUAUAGAAAUGACAGGAGGAAGACAAAAUAACAAUGUAGGAGUUGAUAAUAGCAGUGAAUUAUAUUUUCUGCAAUGGAUUUACGAGCGUCUUGAAGUAGGUGAAGAACUUGGACUACUAGGCAUUUCAAAUGAAGAAGAUAAAGAAUGUGUAAGGAAGAUGAUUAUAGUGAGCUUGUGGUGCAUACAGACUAAUCCUUCGGACCGGCCAACAAUGAGUAGAGCAGUGGAGAUGUUGGAAGGGAGCAUCAAUUCCUUGCAAAUUCCACCCAAGCCUUUCUUAUCACCGGGAUCAGCCCAAGAGACUCUUCAAUUAACAGUUAAGUAGUUCCUGAAAUGAUAUAUUAAUCAACAUGCAUAUCUUCAUACUAAGAAACGUGACUUCAGAUGUAAUAGUAAUUUUUCAAAAUUUACUGUUGAUUAAAACCUCUGCUUUUUAACUCUGUUCUGGUCGUAGGCACUAAAUGAUCAUUGGCUUUCUUUGCUCCUCCACCUUCACCUCAACCCAAAACGCUAAAUAAUCAUUAUUACUAUAUAUUUCUGUUGGACUCUUCAAUGCAAUUUUGGUUUGUUUAAUAAGAAUAAAGUGUCAGUUAAAUGUAUACUCUUCUAUUACAAGUCUUCUUUCCACGUCAAUUGCUCAAUUGUCUAACCAAAGGACCAGGAUCAUCUCUGUUGGCUUUUUAUCUAAAGGUGUAAAAGAAAGAGUCGAAUGCAAUGAAGUUGGCUUAAGAGUUCAUCUGAUUUUCAUUUAACUUAAACUGAAAUAUAUACAUAAGUUUCACAUCAACUGUUACACCUAAACUUGCAGUGAUUUUUCUAAAACAUUACACCAGCACCACGCGAAUCUAACUAAACAAAAAAUAUGAAUUUUAAACUUUAAAUGCAGCUACAUUACUUGCUGCAGUUAUCACAAAAACAGCUGACUUAAACCACAUUAUUUUCAGCUCCAAUCAC